UGAGGAAGUUGCCUCGGCUCUUUCCUCUUUGUGCUACAUACAGGAAGAGCUCAUAGAAAAGCCAGCAAGAGGCCCUGCAGCGUGUGCAGCGAACUCUGUCGUUCCAGCCACCUCUGGCUUUUGCCAGACUGCCAACUAGCCAGCAUACCCGCUACCCCAGUGGGAGACGAGUCGAGCUGACAGAAGAGGACGCCUGCCAUUAGUGCUCUCACCUCCCCCACCCCAACCCCUGCCCCAUCCCUGCUUCUCCUCUUCAAGAGAAAAAUCUUCUUCCUAGAAGCAGCAUGACGACUUCGCAGACCUGGUACCAUGGAAAUAUCACUCGCACUAAAGCUGAGGAGCUGCUAUCCAAGGCAUCCCGGGAUGGCAGCUUCUUGCUACGGGACAGUGAAUCUAUUCCAGGGGCCUAUGCCCUCUGCUUACUCUACCAGAACUGUGUCUACACUUACCGCAUCCUUCCCAAUGAGGAGAAGAGGAUCUCAGUCCAGGCUUCAGAAGGGGUACCAAUCCGAUUUUUUACAAAUCUUUCCGACUUAAUAGACCAUUACAUGCAAGAGAAUAUGGGUCUAGUGACACACCUGCGCUUCUCAGUGCCCCGGGAAGAGGAGAAGGCAGAGGAGCCUGAAGAGGAGUCUGAACCAGCCAUCAUCCCUCCUCAGCUUCCUCCUCGAAACUUCCCUCAGGCUUCUCCAGUCUUGGAGAACAAGGAGUCUCCAAGUGAUAUAUGUAAAUGCCCAGAAUUGGCGAAAGCUGUGCCCUCUGAAUCCUUCCUGCAAAAGCUGCAGCACCUUGACACCAGCAGCUUGCCUGAGGAGUAUCUAAAAGCCAUCCAGGAGUACUUCAGAGCUUCUAUCAAUCUUGAUGCAGAGCAGGUGCAGAGUGGGAACACAAAUCUUCCCCACCUUAAGAAGCUAAUUCAACUGAUCUGUAAGAAUUUGAACAGUGAGAUUUCACGCAUCAUGCCUUCACUUGAAUGCUUUGGAAAAGUAUUGGAUCAUCAGCCUGCUGUUGCUCCAGGGCGACUCAGGAACCAGAUUUCAAGUGAUGGAUCCCAAAGUCCCGACUUCUCCAGACUGAGCGAAUUGACUUUCUUGUUGCAAACAAUAGAAGAAAAGACAAAAGGUAUCAUCCUGGAAUCUGUAGGCUAUGAAGGAGGACAUCGCAACUCUUUAAUACCCCCAGUCACUUUUGAGGUGAAAUCAGACAUGCUGGCCAUAUUGACAAAAAUCCACCUCAAAGUAGAUGUGGAGGAGGGAAAGCUAAUCGUCAAGAAAUCCAAAGAUGGCCCUGAAGAUAAGUUCUACACACCAACACAAAUCCUACAGCUGAUCAAAUCUCAGAGGGUCCCUAACAAGCUGGUGAUUAUGCUGAGCACUGAGAAGGAUAAGACCAUGAAGAAGGAAUAUGUCUUUGCAGACUCUAAGAAACGGGAAGGAUUCUGCCAGCUGCUUCAACAAAUGAAGAAUAAGCACUCUGACAAGCUGGAACCUGACAUGAUCACUGUCUUCAUUGGGACAUGGAAUAUGGGUAAUGCUAGUCCACCAUCUGACAUCAGCUCAUGGUUCAAGUCAAAAGGCCAAGGAAAGACCUGUGAUGACACGGCUGAUCACAUCCCUCAUGACAUCUAUGUGAUUGGCACCCAAGAGGACACGCUUGGAGAAAAAGACUGGAUUGAUAUUUUAAAGAAGACCCUGAAAAACAUCACAACCAUCAAUUUUAAAAUGAUUAGCUCUUGUACUUUGUGGAACAUCCGGAUUGUUGUGUUGGCCAAACCAGAACAUGAAAACCGAAUCAGCCACAUUUUUGUAGACAGUGUAAAAACCGGCAUUGCCAACACUCUUGGCAACAAAGGAGCUGUAGGGAUCUCCUUCAUGUUCAACGGGACAGCUUUUGGAUUUGUAAAUAGCCAUCUAACCUCUGGUAGUGAAAAGAAACUCAGACGAAACCAAAACUACUUCAGCAUUCUACGCUUCCUCAACUUGGUGGAUAAGAAGUUGAAUCCAUUCGACAUCACCCAUUGUUUCACGUACCUCUUCUGGCUGGGAGAUCUGAAUUAUCGAAUUGAGAUGCCCUCCUCGGAGGCUGAAAACAUCAUUGCAAAGAUCCGACAACAGCAGUACUCAGAGCUGCUUUGCAGAGACCAGCUCACCAUUGAACGAAAUGAGGGGAAGGUCUUCCUCCACUUUGAGGAAGAAGACAUCACAUUUGCCCCUACUUAUCGUUUUGAACGUGACACCCGAGAAAAGUAUGCCUACACCAAAAUCAAGACCACAGGAACCAAAUACAAUCUUCCAUCUUGGUGUGAUCGAGUUCUGUGGAAGGCUUAUCCUAUGAUGCAUGUGGUCUGCCAGUCUUAUGGGUGUACAAAUAAUAUAAUGACGAGUGACCAUUCUCCAGUUUUUGCCACAUUUGAGGUUGAAGUGACAUCACAAUUUGUGUCUAAAAAUGAUCCCAACAACAGCAACUGCCAAGGAGCCAUUAAGCUCAUGAACUGUGUGGCGACUCUCUUGACCAAGUCUAAAACGAAAUUCUUGGUCGAGUACCACUCAUCUUGCUUGGAAAAAUUUGUGAAAAGCAAUGAGGGAGAGAACCAGGAGCACAAAGAAGGCUUUCUCCGGGUGCACUUUACUGGAGUGACUGAGCUGACACCUUUUAUUGCUGAUCCAGAAUACCUGCUUGACCAGCACAUCCGCAUCUGCGUCAAGUCCACAGACUGCGAUGAGUCCUAUGGGCAAGCUGUUGUGGCUCUCAGAGCUGCAGAAAAUUCGACCUAUGAGUUUAAUAUUCCUCUGACUCAUCAUGGAGAAUACACUGGGAACUUCAGUGGAAGCAUCCAGCUGCAAACUUCUGAAGGCAAACAGAGAGAGAAACUUUAUGAUUUUGUGAAAGUUGAAGCAGAUGAUGCAACCUCUAAGCUAAAGUCCAACAAAUAUGAUCCAAUCCAAAGUUUACAGCAAGCGAUCAGAUUACCUCAAAACCCUAUGGAUAUUAGCAAUCCCAGCUACAUGGGAGUGGGCUUGAAAUCAGGGGGAUCGCCAGAUGCUGCUUUGUCAGGGGGAUCAUGGACUUAUGAUAUGGCACCAAAGCAAAGUCCACCAGGGGUUUUGGGCCAUGCAGGCUCACCCCCUCCCAACCGAUCACCACUUUCCCCAAAAAAGAGCAAUCAAGGGGCAGUGAGUCGCCCACCUGGAAAACCUACAGAGUUCAGUACUCAGAAAUCUCUCACUACUUCAGAAGAUGGCAAGGCUCCAGAGAUGUUUGAUAAUCCCUUAUAUGGAGCCAUGUCACACAAGCAAAAGCAUUCAGCCCGCAAAGAGCAGGAUACUUCAUUUGCUGCCCGUAAAGAGAUACCAGCACCCCAAGAUUGCCAGAGGUCCCAAGGUUCUGAAGCAGAUAAGGCUCCCCCUAUACCUGGCCCCAGGAUGCGCUCCUUAACUGUCUCAGAGAACAAGGGGCCCAGCCCUUCCUACCUACAGCCCCCUAAUUUUCCUUCCAAGAAACCAAUUGCUGCACAGCGCUCUGAUGCAGGACCUCAAUCCCGGCCACCACUCCCAGCCAAAAAUGUACCUACUGUAAAGGACUACCGGGAAAGUUCUGAGUUUCCAAAUAAAGGAAAGGCCUGGGGUGCAGACAGCAGCCAAACUAGAUCCGGCCCAGCAACCAGUAAAGAAGUGAAUCAGGAGGCUGUCCAAGGGACUAAAAAGGGAUGGCAGGUCAGAUGAGCUUCUGCUUGGAUUCAUAUCACAACCUUAUCCCCACCUUGCACAUUCCAAGUGUCACAGACCUGCUUCAUGCUGUAUUGUCGGAAGGAGAUCAUCAGAGGACAAUACUUUUUUAAUGCCAUUCCUACAACAGCUACAGAGGCUGUUGCUUGAGGAACAAUCAUUUAACCUUGUUUCUGAAGCUCAAGUGGCUAAACACAUUGUGGUGACUUGCAGGAAACACAGAGAUGUGAUAGUUGUCAUCAUGGUGUCCUCUUUCCCAAAUGUCUUGAUGCCUGCAUUACCUAACUUAUCUUUUAUGGCCCAAGCCAUAAAUUUGUGUCUUAUCUAACCUUCAGUGUUUGACUGUUCUCACUAUAUUUAAGGAGUUGGAGGGUUUGAUAUUGGAUGAAUGGAUGGGUGUCAAAUGAAAAUAAAUCUUCAUUGUCUCUUAUAAUUUUACCAGCAAACCCCCGAUUCUCGAAAGAAUUGCAAAUCCAAGAAUGGCAAUCAGUUUCUGUUUGUUUUUCUAUGGCUGUAUCAUUAGCUAGAAGUCGUUUGCUGAUGGCGGCGGAUUCGCGUGCUGAAGUGACCAUGGCGGCAGAUCCGGGCUUGGAGGUCUAAAUUACUAAACUAAAGUUGUAUAUGUGGCAGUUGUACUGUGCACGGCUUGCUUCUGGCCUCUGGCACCCGUACAUAUAUACAACCUGGCGUGCACGCUUUACCUCAAGUUUAGUUUACAGGUUGUGUUGUGUUGUUUGGGUGCCACCUACUGACUCUGGGAAGCCACUGAGUGUGACUCUGGGGCGCUGAGGCGCUGUGCGCUUUUGGCACUGCUGGCUUCUGGCAUCUGGCAUCCGUGCAUAUAUACAACCUUCGUUUAGUAAUAUAGAUAAUACUAUAGCCUAUAUCAUUUCAAUUUAGUCAGGAAAUCCAAAGGCAACUUAACCCCAAAACUUCCAUAUUAUAGAAGUGGUUUAAUUCUUUUAUCCCUUCUAAUAUCUGUAAAUACUGCUUUCCCUCUGUUCUACCAGAGUGGAACAAAAGCACACAGCUAAUCCUAAACAGUAAUAGUAUCCAUCUGAAAAAUGAAAUCUUUGAGCGAUUUCAGCCAUGGAAAGGAUGCUGAGUUCAUGACAAGCAGCUAUUACUGAACAAAUACAUCAAAUGCUAACUUAACUGCAUUACUGAUUUUGUUUUCUGUUAGUUAUGCCUAACGAGAUGCAACCAAGUAGACAGUGAAUAUGUAGCACAGACCUGGUACAAAAAGAGUUAUGAGGCUACCUUAAACCUAUGAUCUACCAUACUAAUAUAACAUGAUGGAAAAUGGACAACAGGUAUGUCCUCCCUCCCAAUAAAAACCUUAACAUUUUCUGUUCCGAAGGAUGAGUCAAGGCUGAGAAUUCUCACUGGUGGGAUGUCAGCACACUGCAGUUCUAUUGCCUGUAAAUAUUCUUAUAAGUAUAUCACACAUGAUUUCUGGGAGUAAGUUAUGCAUGAGUUAGGUGGAAUUCUUUAAAAAAAAAAAAAAGUAUAUUGACUGGCAUUUUAGAAAAACAUUGUAAUACUGACCUAGAAUGUGUGUGGUAUUAUGAUAGAACUACACAAAUGAUAUCUUCUGAAGCUAAUGAACUAUAGGGCCAUAGAUGGUGAGCUCUCAGAAAACCACAGGGUUUAACCAUGAAGCUUUUGUUUUUCUGCCAUGAAUACAUUGUCGGCUUCUAUUUCAUCAUAAUUUUUGUCCAAAUCUAGAAGAAAACACCAUUUACCUUUGGGCUUGCCUUGCAGUUUUAGUAUGCUGGGAUGUGAUCACAAAUUCUAUUGCAUGUCUAAUCUCACCCCUCUAAUUUCAUGUCCACUGGAAAUAUCUGAUCACGCUAGCACCAAGAACAUCCAAUAGUAUGGCUGCCUUUUGUUUAUUUACCCAGAUUACCACCUCAACCACUUUUAUGUCCUGAACAUGUUACCUUUUGACAAUCUUUAUAGAAACAAUCUUCAGUGGUAUUUGCACAAUGCUGCAUGAGCCACAUGAAUGGUUCAGCAUGAAAAUACUGUAUGUUCAAGGUUUUGACUUUUGCAUGCUAUGAAGGUUGAUAUUUGUCUAAUUAGGAAGUCAGAAACACAAUGCUUGAUGGUUUAGUUGAAGCAAAUACAUACUGGGUCACUUUCUAAGUCUAAACCCUAAACUGUUAGCAGCAUUCAUAAAUCAUGAAUCAGACUUUUAGGUUUGGGGGAAAGUGACAACAUGGCUUUGGAUUAUGAAAUGAAGGGCUACAUUAGCACAAGGGGUAAAUUCUAUCUUGAAAAAUUAAAGACUAUGAAAAGGCAAAUUUACCCAGUGCAUUACU